GCGAUCAGGAAAACAGUAGCAGGCAGAGAGAGAGAACGAGAGGAAGACGGGGCAGAAGUUGGAUGGCGCUUUCUUUUGUCGCCGCGUCUAUGAGUUCACCAACGGCUACGAGGCUCCUCAGUGAUUUGUAACACCGUUCCUCUUCUCGUCGGUUCACACCAGCACUAGCCCUCCCGAUUCCUCCCACCUACACGAUCUGCAGCCCCCCUCCAGCAAAGAUGAUGGAGGAAUCAGUGAACACGUUUGAGACACACCUGACGGCUGUCAUGGACAGUCUGAUCCGAGCCUCGGUCUGUGAGAUCACCAAACUCUUCCAGGAGACUGUGAACGACUACCUGGUGGAGCUGUCCCUCAACAGGAAGGAGAACGACGCACUCAAACUGCGACUGAGGCACACAGAGAACCAGCUGAGAAAUGAACGCAAGUACGGGAUGGACUGGGCCACCAACCGCCGCAACGCGGGACUGUCAGAAGAAGAAGGUGGAGGUCGGAAGAAGCGAAGAGUUAACCCGGGCCGAGGCAAGUCAAAAAAGGGCCCAGCAGCAGCCUGUGGCAAAGCCUGGCCUGAAGGUGUGUGGGAGGAAGGAGGAGGAGGAGGAGGCGGCAGCAGCAGCGGCGGCGGCAGCAGCGGCAGCAGCAGUGGCGGGGGAGGAGGAGGAGGAGGAGGAGGAAGUAGAGGAGCCACAGGGAUGGUAGCAGGAGCAGAAGGAAGAGUGGGGAAAGAGGCCAGAGAGAUGUACCUCGUUCAGUACCCCCGAGAUGAAGAAGACGAGGGAGGGAUGGUGGAGGACGAGGAAGGGGAGGGCAGCCUCAGUGGUGAGGGGGAGGAGACGGCCAACAUCAAAGAGGAGUUUUCUCAAACAGAAGAUUAUCCGCCCGCCUCUCUCCAUCUAAUCAAAGAGGCUUUGAAGAUGGAGCUUCCCAACCAGGACCUCCAUUCUGGCUCCAGAUCCCAAAGUGAAGGAGACUUGUCAGAUCGCCCCCCGACGCUUCAUCCAGGAGACACCGAAGAGGAGGACUGGGACGUCGACUCGGCCGAACCGUCAGAGGGAGGAAUGACCAUGGAGGAGCUCAGGGGUCUGGAGUCCGCUUUAAGAGCCGAGAGAGGACGUGAGCAGGCUGCCAUGACGGCUUCUCAGUCUGACAGCCCUAACCCCGAGCUGGUGCGAGCCAGCGAGACGAGCCUGGCCCCAAAGUACAUCGGUCUGGAUGGAAUGGAGCAGGACGGCGAGCAGGACCCUCAGCCACCCACUCUGCACAGAGAGGAGCACGUGGGGCAAAGCAGGGAAAGCAGGGUGAAAGAGUCCGUGCGAGCCGGGCUGCUCGGCGAGAUGAGGCUAGGCUGGCCAAAGAAGCUGAGAGAGGGCGACUCCUCCGCGGGGAUGCCCGGAGGCAACAUGGUGGAGCCGGGAGAGCCGGAGCAUAUCCCUCACCUGUCCGCUCCAGGAAGCGUCGGGGAGAGCGGAGGGGAGGAGGAGGGGAGCGGAGACCUGCUCCAUUUCUGCCCCCAGUGUGGAGGAGGCUUCACCUCCGAGGCGGAGCUGGAAGAGCACCCCUGUCCGCUGGGGGGCGCCCACAUGCAGAACAACGGCGAGGAGGACCGGCUCUACCCCUGCACUCACUGCGGCAACACCUUCAGCCACGCCUGGGCCCUCAAGAACCACGAGUGCGCCUGCGCCGCCGAGCGGCCGCACAGCUGCGAGAUCUGCGGGAAGCGCUUCACGCACUCGCGCUCGCUGGAGCGCCACCACCUGGUGCACACGGGCGAGAGGCCGCACCGCUGUCUGCAGUGCGGACGCAGCUUCAGUCGCCUCGGCAACCUGGAGCGGCACCAGCGCAUUCACACCGGCGAGCGGCCGUACGGCUGCGAGGCGUGCGGAAAACGCUUCAGUCGAGUGGAGUACUUGAAGAGACACCAGCUCAUACACAACGGUGAGAAGCCAACGCUCCAGUGCUCCAACUGCGGAACAGGCUUUAGCGAUGUGGAGCAGCUUAAAAACCACCAGUGUUUUUAAAGCCUCGUCCUUAAAAGCUCCAGCGGAACUUUCUUUUUAAACAAACAAAAGAAAAAAACAUAGCUGUCUUUUAUUUGAUUGUGGUAGAAUUUAGGUGAGGGAAGUGACAGUUACAUUCUUGUAUUAUUCGCAAUGAUUACAAUAGAGAAGCACAUACACAGCGGAUUAUUAUUGUCAAGCAGAGAAAGCUGCUUCCCAAAGUUGACAGUCGACUGUAAGUGGUGUUUCUUUUUAAUAAAGGGGAGAAUGAAUUCAAUCUCAGCCAUUUCAACUGGAGGUCAUAUGUGUAUGUAUGUACAAAGCAGGAACUUGUUUAAAAUGAAAAAAAUUGUACAUUUUUAUGUUUUUAAACUUGCUUAACUCACACGGAAGCCGAUGGCCUUGUCUUUUUCCAACAAUAUAAUUGACGGUUCAGUAUUUUGUAUGUUUGUGUUUUGGUCACAUUGGUAAGAAAUAAACCUUUCAAUUCA